UGCGCUGCACACGAAAGGGAAAGGAAACGGCGACUUCUCCAUUCCGCCCCCCCUCCUCCCCGCCUCUCUCAUCUUUAGCUGCACCGAGUGUUUGAUCGAUCGGAAGCGUUGAGACUUCGAGUAACGUUUAAUUUCUCGGUUUCAGGCUUUGUAUGCUGGUUUUUGACUCCCCCUCCCGUACAGCCUGCUGUUGACCGUGAGGAAAUUGCUUCGCGUGAAAUUCCAGGCGCCAGAUUUAUCGAGUCCCGACUGCACAAAGUUGAUAGGCAAGCUAGCUAGAGCUAACUCUUAGCUAACUAGCUUGCAGUGCUGGUCGGAGGAGCUCGUUUUCGGAGACAGUUUUUUGGGGGCGUCGUUUUGUCCCUGCACUGCUACAGGUCGUGGCUUUCCCCCCCUGAAAUUUGCCGACUAUUUGCUGUGAGGUUUAGAGCGAUAAGCCGGUCGCUUCUACCUAGCGUGCUCGAUAUAGCCUGCUAGCUAAUACCCUGCGUAUUUUAAGGCCUCAGUCCAACACCACCAUCAGCUGCCACUACCACACCAUAGUAUUUGCAUCGUGCUGUAAGACAGUUGACAGCUUACUUGGUGACACAGAGACUUCUCCCUGAGGAGCCAAGAAGCAGACGGCUCAUGACUUCUGACCAGGACACGAAAGUUGUAGCCGGACCACAGGUGCAGCAAGUACAAGAGGCAAAAGAGAACUCUCAUUUGGAAUCCGCCAAGGUUUCAGACCUCAACCCCAAUGCGAAAGCAUGGGCCAACCACAUGUUUAGCUUGGACCACAGCGGGAGUGCGGACACCACAACUGCUGCCCUGCAGCCAUGGAAGGAAGGCUGCGAUAGUUCGGCCGACCCCGGCCCAGAAGGCUAUGAAGCCAGUGAAGGCAAGGCUUUCAAGGAGCCCCUUCUAACUGACCCAGAUGAGCCUCCACCGGUGCCAGUAAUGCUGGCCGAGCCGGCCCCCGUGGCGCCCGUCACCCUGGAGUGCUCCGAGCCAGCCUACACAGAAUACCCCGAGCCUGGGCAACCAGGGCGCACAGCAGGCAGCGAUCCCCCACAGGAGAGUCCCCAGGAGGGCUUGAGGGAGCACCUGAAGAAGACCUUGGAGUUCUGUCUUUCCCGGGAGAAUCUGGCCAGUGACAUGUACCUCAUCUCCCAGAUGGACAGCGACCAAUAUGUGCCAAUUGUAACGGUGGCCAACCUGGACCACGUCAAAAAGCUCAGCACGGACGUGGAGCUGAUCGUGGACAUUUUACGAUCUCUGCCAUUGGUCCAAGUGGAUGAGAAGGGGGAGAAGGUGCGGCCCAAUCAGAACCGCUGCAUCGUGAUCCUCAGGGAGGUUCCUGAGAGCACGCCUAUAGAGGAGGUCGAGGCUCUUUUUAAAGGGGACAACUUACCCAAGUUCAUCAACUGUGAAUUUGCAUACAACGACAACUGGUUCAUCACCUUUGAAUCAGAAGCAGAUGCACAGCAGGCCUAUCAGUAUCUCCGUGAGGAGGUGAAGACUUUUCAAGGGAAGCCUAUUAAGGCGAGGAUAAAGGCGAAGGCAAUCGCUAUCAACACUUUCAUGCCAAAGAACGGCUACCGGCCGGUGGAGGUGAACCCAUACGCCCAGCAGCGCUACACUUCCUACUACAUCCCGCCGGUUUACAGCCCCCAGCAGCAGUUUCCCUUGUACAGCCUCAUCACGCCGCAGGCCUGGUCGACCACACACAGCUUCAUCGACCCCACAAUGGUUUCCCCGUUUCACAACAACCGGUUCAUCAAUGGAUUUACCACAUCACACAGUUUCAAACCAGCGACGUCCCCCCUCACUGUCAGACACUACUCGCCCAGGAACAGGAAUCACAGUAAACCUCACUUGAGGCCGACCAUCCCCACAGCGGACCGCAGCGCCGGGCUUCUGGACAGCCCGGGUCUCUUUCCCAGCUUCCCCAGCGAUCGGCUCAACGGGAUCCGCAGCAGCCCGCCGACACGACUCCCCGCCAGCCAGCCCCGAACCAGGUUACCCUCCACCGCAGCCUUCCCUCGCAGAGACACCGUGGGCACGGGGCGCGUGACCGAGCCCAUAACCCCGGACUACUCCCUGGGUAUCGGCCGAGGAAGGAAAAAUGUUUCUGCUUCUAGGAAAAAGAGGGACGAAAAGUUUACAAGAGUGACGCCUCAGUCGCCGCCUCCUCCCAAACCCCCGUCUCCGAGCUUCGAGCUGGGUCUCUCCAGCUUCCCUCCCCUGCCCGGAGCAGCCGGCCAGCUCAAGACCGACGACGUGUUCGACAACCGGCUGGCCAGCAGCGUAGUCGUCGGAAACGCCAAGGAGCGGAAUGUAAGUGCUGAUUCCAGUGUUGGAGGAGCGCUGUCUCCAGCGGGCCCCAAAGAGCCGCUUCGGACCUCCCCGUCCCCGAUGCCCACAAGCUUCCAGCCCUCGCCGACCCCAGCCGCAGCCUCGACUCUGACCCCAGCCACCGGCCCGCCACACAGUCCCGCUCCCUCCCUCCCAGCUGCGGAGGUGAAGGUGACGGAGGUGAAGUCGAAGGAGGUGCAGUUGUCUGUGGAGCGAGUUCCCGGCACGCUCUCCACUGCAAGCAAAUCGGUGCAAGUCAACGGCGCAGCCACAGAGCUGAGGAAGCCCUCCUACGCUGAGAUCUGCCAGCGGGUGAAGGACACGGCGACAUCACAGCACCCACCGACCCCCAAGGAAGCCAAGCCAGCCUGCGCCGCCCCCGGGGGCGAGGAGAGGAAGUGCCCCGACGCCGCCGCCGCCCCUCCUCCUGCAGGGGAGGCCAAGGCCAGAGAGACAUACCCCCCCUCCUCCAAACCCGGCUCGACUGCCGUCACCCCGGGCAGACCCGCGAGGGAGGCGCGAAGGCCGGCCGGCCGGUGGGCCUCCCCGCCCUCGCACCCAGGGAAAACGCCCAGCAAAGAUCCACACCACACCCCGCCCAAGUCCCCGCAGUAGGGCAACUCCCUGCCCCCCGCCCACCCCCCCACUACACUCCAUGGAUGCGUCUAAAAAAAAAAAAAAAAACAUAAAAAAGGAAAUAUAAGUCAGGGCUACUCAAUACUUAUAUCCCAGAAUCACCGGUCACAAACGAGAAUAGAGGACGCCUUCUUUCCUGGAUCAGGGCUUGCAGACAAAAAGCACUUUACUGUGCAUGUAGAGCACCGUUUCAUUCUUUUUAUUCUAUUUAUUUUUUUUUUUUUAUUUCAGUCUUAUUUCUCCAUUUCUCUUUUUGCAUCGCGUAGUUGUGUUGGCUUUCUAAGUCGGCACAGACGACACUGAAAUGUAUUCGUUCUGUCCAAAUGGCCCCCGGUGGGAUUACACUAGUCUUGUGUGCGAAGCGUCAGGGCGUGGUCGGAAGCCACUUGGGUGGAUGAUGGGAAGGGCCACGCGUACAACCGACUCCGCCCUGAUUGGCUCUCAUAGCGAGGGGGCUUGUUUGCAUGUCGAGUGGCACUCUUGUGCAUCUCUAUGUAGCUUAAUUAUGGCUCAUAAUUAGCUGAUGUGUUUUUAAACACAUGUUCACAUCCAUAUGCAAGACUUAACAUCUAAAUCUCAUCAAAACAAGACUCUGAUCUUUUGGUGUACGUCGCCUCAAACUUUUUUUUUUUUUUUCUUUUUUUUUUGUAGGUUUAUUUACACUAGAUGAUUUUCGUUUGUUUGUUUUUUAAUUUUUUUUAUUUUCAGCUUUGACUGUGGACUAUCGGUACAGUUCCUCCUGCUGAUCGUCGCUGAGCGUCGCCUCAGCGAUUUCUUCCUUCGAUCAUUUUUUUUUUUUUUUUCUGUAAAGGAUCACCUGCCUCCGCUGUGUUGUUGUUGUUGUUUUUUGUUUACUGUGUGCUAACACUGCUAACUAGCUUAGCUGUAUUGCAUAGCUUGUGUCUAACGGCCGUGAUGUGACAUCCGUGCUGGUUUGAGCGCCAGACGCGGAGGGCACGUGGGUAUCUGCAACCGAAACGUACGCUUCGAGACAAAGUAGGCCGUCGAAAAUGUCUGGAAGUGGCUCGGGCCGUUUUUGUUUGUAGUUGCUCGCGGUGCGUGCGCGUGAAGCAUUUUGUGGCAUUGCAUUUUUUUGGGAAAAGCAGAGCAAGCUUUCACAGCUACGCUCUCCUCUCUUUUCAUUUCCUGUUAAAAAAAAAAAAAAAAAAAAAACUGUGGAAUUAAACUAUCAGCAGGCACAUACUGUCUAAGGAAGAGGCGAGGCGGGGGGGACGGGGGACGUGGGUCAUAGGGAGACAAAUUUAAAAAUCCAAUUGUGAUGAUAAAACGGCUGCGUCCUGUCUGAAGCGGUUCGGUUCCCCCUGGAGGCGAGGGAACGCGGGUGAGCUGCGUUCAGGACGGAGAAAAAUGAACACUAGCUACCAUUCGGACGCUCGGUUAAAUGGGGCGUUCUCGCUCCGAUCGUCUGCCGAGACGCCGUGACCCUUCAGUGGACGCAGAGUGCUAAUUUCCCGCCUGAAAUGCACCAAGAGUUCAGAGUUUUGGUACAGGGAGGUGACGGUGUGAUGUUUCUCAUUUCUUUCUCCCAGAUAUGGUGCUAGAAUCCUGGAACCUGUUACUCCAGCUCGACUGAUAAGUCUACGUAGAAAAUACUCGAUUUACGUCGACGGGACUUUAUUUGCACUGUUAGCGGUUUUUUUUUGUUUUUUUUCUCAAGCUCGCAGGCAAACGCAUUAGAUUAUAAGUACCUGAAGCGAAAAAAAAAAAAAAGGGAAUUGAUCCUGAAAUUCGAGGGAAGGAAAAAAAUAAAAAUAGUUUCCCUGUGACACCCUCUCUGUAGACACAAUCGCUGAAGCCUUUUUUUUGUUUUGUUUUUUUCGUUGUUGUGCCUUUUGUGGAUGCCUGUUGAAAACACACUGUGGUGAAGGAUGGACGUUUAUAUACAGCGUCGAAUGACUUUACAGAUUUCUAUCUAGCUUGUUUGUUUUUUUUUUCGCUGAAGGAGUUGGUGCUCUUACAGGCAUGCCGUGGUUUAGAUUUUUGGCCUCUGGUUCUGUAUCAAUGAGGAUUUCUAUGGAAAAGAAUGCUUGUGAAACUGUUGAAUAUGGAAAGUUAGACGGUUGAUUAGACCCAGAAUGUUUACGACAAACAACCGAUCAAGGUAAAUGAUGAGCGUGUGUUUAUUUUGGAAUGUAGUUUGCCAUGUCGGAGCGUGAAAGAAAUGUUGGGAGUCCCGUCGGGGCUCAUCUGAACGGCGCUGAACCAAACGUCCUUUUUAAGAAUUCAAGCUUUGAACAAACCGUCGGCGGGCAGAUAAGAGCGGGUGGGUUUACAGCAGGAAAUGCGAUCGGGGAAAUCUGAAAACGGUCGUAUGUAUGAUCCAUCCUCUGGGUGACGAUGUUCAGCUCUCCCUUCUUCCUCUUUGGCGAGUCGUUAACCACUCGGGUUGUUUUUGUUUUUCUCUGUCGGCAUGCUCCCUCGUCGGCUUCUUCCAGUUUGAGUUUGCACACUUGGAUUAAUCCUGAGUUGUUUCUUAAAAAAUAAAAUCAAUAAAAAAAAAGACUGGAAAGGAUUUACCAAAGCACACGCUCCUUCUUACUGCUUCACUCCUGUGUUGUUGGGGAUAAAUUGCGCCUGACGGGAGUUCAAUUCAAAGCACAGAGUGUAAAAGGAAAACAGCCUUUUUACAUGCUUAGCUCGCCCUCGGGCGGAGACGCCAACGCUGGCGACCGCACAGAAUCAGGCUCAACGGGACUUCAAUCGAGCAGCGAUUCGGGCGACAGCUGGUUAGUCGGUGGGCUGGUGUGACGUUUUCAUCCCUUUCGUCAGAGUGAAGUAGCAAGAAUUCAGAUACAGGGAGGAAACUGGUGUCAAAUUCAGCUUUUUUUGUUGGGGAGGUCCGUCUACUGUAGCAGCCAGAUAACCAACCGAGUCGCAGAUGUUUUACUGUAUUCUAAAAAUGUAAUUGGCUGGGACGAAAUGGU